AUGGUCAAGAAGAAAUUUGGCCGUUAUUUGCCGGUCUCUCAGCGCAUCGCCAGCCAAACUGAAUCCAACGGCCACACGAGCAACAGGUACUCGAAGACAUCUCGACGAAUCUCGACAAAUGCUACGCAGCCACGCACUCGCGAUAAUUUAGUGCGUUUGCCGUUCUUUGGCGGCGGUGUGACGCAGCUUUUGCGCUACCUGCGACCGAUGGAUCGACAGGCGGGCAAAGGUCGGCGAUCGGCAGUGCGAUCGGCGCUGGACGAGAACUACGUUAGCUAUCGGGGCGAUCAGUUGUGGAAGCUCAAUUUCAAUGGGACACGCAGGCGUGCCGACAGCUCACCGGAUGCACAGUUCAAUCAGUUUGUCGAAGAGUUCGGCAGCGAAGUGUGGAAUGUCAAUCAGGAUGGCAUCGAUAUACUGGUCGAACACAAGAAUGUCGAGGCUGCCCAACAGUACAUGGAGAAGACCGGCUUCAGCUACAACAUCAUGAUCGAUGACAUCGAAACGGCCAUCGAUGAUACCUACACCGAUGUCGUUGAUAGCGAAACGGAUAAUCCAAGCACAAGUGCCAACUAUUCGCUGCCUUGGCUCACUCGCGAGGGAUCACUGUUGACUUGGCGUCGUUAUCACGAUCAGGGCGAUAUUCAGCAGUUCAUGCAGAACAUUCUUGAAACGCACUCCGAUCUCACUGAGAUCAUUCAAAUCGGUCUGACGCGCAACAAGCGGCCAUUGGAAGUGAUAAGAGUCUCCAAUGGCAAUCCCAAGAACUGGGCCGUCUUUGUCGACGCUGGCAUGCAGGCUCGCGACUGGUUGAGUCCUGCGGCACUCACCUACGCCAUCUCGAAGCUAACUUGGUUGUGGAGCCAGGGCAGAGCGGAGAAGACGAUGCGUCACAUCGAUUGGUACUUUCUGCCGCUGGCCAAUCCCGAUGGCUAUCAGUACUCACGGCUUACCGAUCGACUGUGGACGAAGAAUCGCAACUAUGACAGCGACAGCGGUUGCUAUGGCGUCAAUUUGGAUCGCAACUUUGAGUAUGCUUGGGGUCAGGCAGGAGCCACCACAAAUCCCUGCAAGAAUCUGUAUCAGGGCGUCAAAAGUUUCUCGGAAGCCGAGACGCGAGCAAUGCGCAAUUUCCUACUGGGCAUGCGUGACUAUCUCGGGGCAUACGUUUCGUUUGGUGGAUAUGGCCAGACGAUCACAUAUCCGUGGGGCGAUGCAGACUAUGUAACGCCCAAUCAGCGGGAAUUGCGAUAUACCGCACGUCAGGCGAUGCUCAAUUUCCGUCGACUGAACCAUGCCGAAUACAGUUUGGGCAGCAGUUAUCGCCAGAAGCUCGCCAGGCCGGGCAACUCGGCGGAUUGGGUGCAGGAUCGCAUUGAGCCACAUUUCGUGUACAAUGUGUUCCUCAAGGAUCAGGGUCGUUAUGGCUAUCUGAUGCCACCGCAGUACAUACUCGAAUCGGGUGAGGAAGCAUUCGAAUUUCUACGCACAAUAGCUCAACAGCUGCAGUAGCUAAUUUAAUUCAUAACUCAUUAAUAAUUAAUUAUUAUUUAUUUUGCCUUUUUUUUGCGUAACAUAAUAAAACGAGAUGAGAGUGAAGUACU